GUGACAUAUCCUUUGAUAUUGUCAGCAGCAUGCAUGAUCUCUACGAGAAUUUUCCUAUUUAGGAAAUUAAGCAAAGGAGUCGAGAUGAAGAUUUUCUAUAUGAUCAUGCUGGUGAUUCUCAUGGUCUCUGUGCAUAUGGCUGAUGCAAAAAGAUACCGCAAGCACCCAAAGUGCAUAAUUUGUUCACACGGCAAGCACCCAAAGUGUACAAACUGUUCAAAAAAGAUUUCAGUAAACAAGGUAGAAAUUAACGUCAAUACGAAUCAGUGAACCACAAGCGCACUACGACCAAGGUGUGAUCCGUUAUCUGAGUUAGGCCGCAUGGUACAACAGAAUUUGCAAUAAAUAGUUGCAAUAAAUAUUUGUCUUCGUCUUUUUU